AUGUCUAUCCGUGCACCUGUGAAAGUCCGUGGUGGUGGCUAUGGCCUUGAUGCUGAGUUAGCGCGCAAGGCUGCUGAGCGUUACGAUUACGAUAUGGAGGACGAGGCGUGCGAGUGGCUCGAGACGAUUUCAGAGAUGGAAAUUGGCGAAGACUUUGGUGAAGGUCUUCGUGAUGGUAUUAUUCUUUGUACAGUCGCCAACAAAAUUCAUCCGGGUGUUGUGAAGCGUAUCGAGAUGAAGUCCAAGAUGCCCUUUAAGUUGAUGGAAAAUGUGUCGGCAUUUUUAAAAGCUUGCCGCGUCAUGGGAGUCAAUGAGUUUGAUCUUUUUGAGACUGUGGAUUUAUUUGAGCUUAAAGACCUGGGCAACGUAGUACGCUGUAUUUUUGCUCUUGGACGUGCUGUACAGCGUAAUUAUCCUGACUUUAAGGGCCCUACACUUGGAGUCAAGGAAAGCAGCAAGAAUCAGCGCUCAUUUACAUCCGACCAGAUUGCUGGUGGGAAGAAUGUCCCAGUCCAACAGACACUUGGUAGCUACCGCACUAUGAAGCGACAGACGACGUCCCAUACGAAUAAACUCAUGCUUGGUGCAGACGCUGCACAGAGUGCGUAUCGUGCUCCACCUCCUCCGCCGCCUCCAUCGGAUGAAAAGAUUGAGCAGCUGACUCGAUUUCGGAAAGUAGAUCAUCUCAUGACGUCGAACUCACAGCCAGAGGUUGAAAGCUCACCUCCGAAACACAUACCGCAGAAGGCAGAGAUAGAUGCGACAGUGGCAGAGCUUACUGAAGGGGUGGAUUCCACUUUUUUAGAUGACAAACCUGUUGCGUCAUCUAUUCAUGGGUUGACAAGGACAGGCGCUAGUUCUGGGCUUACGGCAGAGGAAGAAGCUCAGGAGUGGAUUGAGGCUGUGCUGGAUGAGAAGUUCUUGGCGAGCUUUGGUGACAGUCUGAGGGAUGGCGUGAUGUUGUGCACAAUGAUGAACAAGAUUAAGCCAGGACUGAUUGCCAAGAUACAGACGUCAUCGAUACCAUUUAAGCAAAUGGAAAACGUCAGCGCUUUCGUCCGCGCAUGCCGCACCAUUGGUGUCGCGGAAUUUGAUUUGUUUGAAACGGUGGAUUUGUAUAAUCAGUCGAACUUGGGACAAGUGGUGCAGUGUAUUCAUGCUCUUGGCCGCGCGAUACAAAAAACGAUGCCCGAGUACGAAGGACCAGUACUCGGUGUGAAAGAGUCGACUGUUACCCCGCGAAAGUUUUCAGAGGCUCAGCUGCGUGAGGCUGCGGCAGCCAUCCCGGUGUUUGCGACUGCUAGCCAAUCGGUUAUGGAACGUUUACCGUUCGAUCAUUCUACAUCUAUUACUUUCCGCUCAGACGCGGCUGCUGCCUCUGGCAAAGCAAGUAACGACCUAAAGUCUAUGGCAACGGAAACUCAGACCGAGGCAUCCAAUGAACAAACCGAGGCAGCAGCUACUUCGGUGUCAGAUAAUAAGAUUGCUCCGUCCUUGGAAGACGAUUCUGCUAAGAUUAUGGAGAAAUCCAAUUUAUUGUCGCCUCGGGUGCCUACUUUAAAGUCAGGGGGCUUAGAAAACCUUCCGAGGCCAAAUUUACCUAUUGGAAGCUCCUCUUCAAUGCUACCGACACGUACUGUCUGGAGCUAA